AUGGCGCUUCUCGCCGUCUUCCUCUCGCUUCUGAUCCCGGCCCUUAUCUCCGUCGUCUUUCUUCCGAAGACCCUGCACCUGCUCGCCGAACUAGUGGGUCGUCGCCUGCGUCACUCGUCCCGCACGCGACGAGGGCUGCUGCUGGAUCGUGUCGCCGCAGAGACCAAGGCUUUCGAGGCAGAGCACAAGGCGAAGGGCAGUGAAGAUGACGACUGGGAAAACAUAGUGCCUUCACCACUUGGUACUGCUGCCAAUGGAGCCAGAGCAGAUGCAGAGUGGGAUGGCAUAGUCGGCUUCUUCCACCCCUUCUGUAACGCCGGAGGAGGCGGAGAACGAGUGCUAUGGGCUGCAAUCCGAGCCACACAAAAGCGCUGGCCGGAAGCGACAAUUGUCGUAUACACAGGCGACCACGAUGUCGACAAGAACGCCAUUCUCAAACGUGUCAAGGACCGCUUCAACAUCCGCCUCCAUCCGCCGACCGUCCACUUCCUCUACCUCACUACUCGUCAUUGGGUGCUUGCAAGCACGUGGCCGCGCUUCACACUGUUGGGACAAUCCCUGGGCUCGGUAGUCCUUGCUUAUGAUGCAUUUUCGCUCCUCGUGCCUGAUGUCUUCAUCGACACCAUGGGAUAUGCUUUCUCGCUUGCACUCUCAUCCUGGUUCUUCCCAGACGUACCGACUGGCGCAUACGUCCACUACCCGACCAUAUCCACCGACAUGUUGGACUCGCUACAAGUAGGAGGGCAGGGUGUGAACGCAGGCACAGGAGAUGGAUACCGUGGUCUGGCCAAGAAGAAGUACUGGCAGCUCUUUGCAAGGUUGUACAGCAAGGUUGGCAGUACUAUCGACGUCGUCAUGACGAAUUCGACAUGGACACAGAGUCACAUCCAGUCACUCUGGGGAUCGUAUCGAGAACAGCGGAGUGCGCUUGUGAACAAGGACAUUAAUGUUGUGUUCCCACCAGUUGCAGUCGAAGACGUGACGAAGGCCGUCGAAGUCUCAGAAGCCAGCGAAAAACAUCGUGGACCAGCCCUCCUCUACAUCGCCCAAUUCCGACCUGAGAAGAACCACCAGCUUAUUCUUGAAGCAUUUGCCCAAUUCGUUCACUCCAACCCGAAGCUCACCGCCUACCCUGGUCAGACACCGAAGCUUGUUCUAAUUGGUUCUGUACGAGGCUCCCACGACGAUGCGAAACGAGUGUACAACUUGAGGCUGUUAGCCCACGAGCUCAAGAUCGACGAGAACGUUGAAUUCAUUUGCGACGCACCAUGGCCCCUCAUGCUGGAAUGGAUGGGCAAGGCGAGCGUCGGCGUCAAUGGCAUGUGGAAUGAGCACUUCGGUAUUGGUGUUGUUGAAUACCAGGCCGCUGGUCUGAUAUCGGUGGUCAACAACUCCGGCGGCCCGAAGCUGGACAUUGUGAUCGACGUGGACGGCAAGCCUACAGGUUUCCACGCCACUACAGCACAAGAGUAUGCCGAUGGCUUCCAAAAAGCACUCUCAUUGUCGCCGCAAGAGACUAUAGCCAUGCGCAAGCGAGCGCGCACGUCUGCCGAGCGCUUUACUGAUCUCGGCUUUGCGGAGAAGUGGCUCACUAACAUGGAUAAGCUGGUUGCCUUGCAGGUUGCACGCGCAAAGAAAUGA